UUCUCUGAUUCGCUCAUGGCGAUACCUCCUCAAGCUUUCCUGCCAAGAAAGAGACGGCCUUCAUCGAGCUCUUUCAUUUCCCCUGAUUUCUCCGACAGAAAACUCAUUCAAUCUAUUCUGUUUCUCUCCCGAGAAAUCUCCCUCCUUAAACCUCUACAGUUCCUUCUCAAACAUAUUUCCUCAUCUAUAAUCCGCAAAUUCAAGCUUCUCGCAAUAGUAUUCGAAGAAAUUCUUAGCCUUCCACCUUCUUUUCUCUCUCAAUCCGCACUUCUCUGUUCCAAAGAAUUAUACCUCGUUUUACAGAGAACCAAAACCUUGAUUGAAGACUGCUCUAAUGGAAGCAAGAUGUGGCUUUUGAUUCAACAUAAAUCUGUUUCUCACGGUUUUCAUCAGAUAACAGUUGAAGUCGCAGCUCUGCUUGACGUCUUCCCUUUUAAAGAGUUCGAUCUGAGCGAUGACGUGAAGGAGCUCGUCGUUCUUCUUAAAAAGCAGUGCUGUGCGGCCAAAGCUUUCGUUGAUCCUAUCGCCGAGAAUCUCAUGCGAGAGGUUUUGAAGAUGCUCGAUCAUAUAGAGAGAGAACUCGUUCCUGAACAAUCGAAGCUCGAGAGUAUAUUCGAGAGAUUAGGGUUAUUUGAUUCGAAAAGUUGCAGAGAUGAAAUAGAGCGUCUCAAAGAUGAGAUCCCGAGCCUGGCUUCUGGGAACGAGAAAUCAACGGUUCAGAUGCUCUCAAUGGUGGGCCUGGUGCAGUACGGGAAGUAUGUUCUCUACGGUGCUUCUGCUUCCUCGCCUAAGAGAAGCACUAGAUCACCAAACCCUUUUUCUGUGACGGAUUUCCCGCCACCGGCAGAUUUUCUGUGCUCGAUUAGUCUCGAAUUGAUGACUGAUCCAGUAGUUGUCGCUACAGGACAGACCUAUGAUCGGUCCUCUAUCAGCCUCUGGAUCAAUUCUGGACGCGACACGUGUCCCAAAACGUGCCAAGUUCUAGCUCACAAGAAUCUGAUACCAAAUUGUGCUUUGAAGAACUUGAUCGUGUUGUGGUGCCGUGAAAAUAAAUUGCCACUUGAAACGGUGGAGACCAACGAUAAAUCUAACGGCGUUACUGUCAGCAAAGCUGCGUUAGAGGCAAUGAGGAUGACGGCGUCGUUUCUCGUCAAUAAACUACGUGUUUUGCCGUCAACGGAGACGGUGGAAUGGAUCGUUCACGAGUUGCGGAUUCUUGCUAAAACCGAUUCCGAAAGCCGAGUGUGCAUAGCCGAGUCUGGAGCGAUUCCUUUGCUCGUGGGCUAUUUAGGUUCAAAUAAUCCAGAAGUGCAAGUUGACGCCGUUACAUCGUUACUCAACCUUUCUAUCGUCGAAGCCAAUAAAACGAGGAUUAUGGAAACAGACGGAGUUGUGGACGGCGUCGUUAGGGUGCUGAGAUCAGGUGCCACGUGGGAAGCAAAAGGUAAUGCUGCAACCACAAUAUUCAGCUUGUCUACUGUGCCUGUUUACAGGAAGAAGUUAGGGAGGAAGAAACGUGUCGUAAAAGGAUUGGUGGAGCUUGCAAGAGUGGGACCCGCAAUAUCAAGGCAAGAUGCUUUGGCUGCUCUUUUGAAUUUGGCGGGAGAAAGGGAUUGCAUAGGGAGGUUGUUGGAGGGAGGGGUACUGGAAAUGGCGGUGGAAAUAAUAGAUGAGUCGCCGGAGGAGGUGGUAACGAUUAUGGCGGCGAUGGCUAAAAGGGGUGGAGCGACAGCUGUAGCGGCGACAGAUGGGGCUAUCGAAAAGAUAGCGACGGUGUUAAGGGAUGGCCCAGAGAGAGCAAAAGAGAGCGCUGCCGCAGCACUUGUAGCGGUUUGUCGGAGGGGAGGGGAGGAGGUGGUGGCCCAAUUGGUGGCGACGCCAAGGAUUCAGAAGGCAAUUUGGGAACUGAUGGGGACAGGAACAGUAAGAGCUCGACGGAAGGCGGCAAAUCUCUUGCGAACUUUCCAGCGAUGGGCCGCCGAACCCGAUAACGUUGGUAUUGUCCAUGUUUCAACAAGUAUUGCUGAUCUUCUCAUUUAUUGA